UUAAUAUUAUUUCACCAGAUGCGCCAAAUUUUGUGUGUCUAUCUGAGGGUUGCUGGCUUCGUGACGCAAUUGCUGAAGCAGCUGGCUGAAAAGCAGCGCUUGCCAGAGUGGGAAAUGCCAGCUGAGUGGCGCUGUGAAGACUACCUUCCCGAUGAACUGGAGAUGUACUUGCGGGACAAAUGGAAGGAAGACUUGGCCAGUUCAGUCCUGCAGGUCCCGUUGAAAGAGGUCGCGUGGUGGAACAAGAAGGUGAAGCCACAAGAGAUUAAUCAUAAUCACACACUUGAUCUUUUCAAGUGCAAGUUGAGCAGCAUGCAGGUGCUUAGUUGGAAGCCGAUCUCUUAUUGCUCGCCACCUAUUCUAGAACAUUUUUAUGUCAUCGCACCCCUCAUUGAGAUACUCCUGAAGCGAAACAAGAACAACCAUCCUUUUGAAGCGCCUGCAUGUGACCUUGCAAAGAUUAGAUUUAGUUGCGUCCAGUUAGCCGUUCCUCCUAUUUUGGCUCUGAAGUACCACGAGCGAAACAUCCAAGGACUGCACAGCAUGAAGAUUUCUGCGUGGUUCGCCUCAUGGUGCACUGUGGUUCCCGUUAGGAAUGUAAUGAACCAUCUGUUGGCGUCUUCAAAAGACGUCAAUGCGGAGGAAAAGAAGCAACUGGUGGCCACAGGUCAUACUCUGUUAAAUUGGAACUGCAAUGAGGCUUUGCUGCCUGAAGACCAAAUAUCAGACGCAAUUGCUUUCCUCACCUGUAAAGAUGUGCUCAGUCAAUUCCUGACUAAUUACACAAUCAGGCAGCAAUGGUUUGUUGUAGCCCUCUUUUCUAUUCUCAAGAUUGAAAGGGAGACCAUCCCCCUGCAAGUGUGGCCACUGCCUGUCGAACACAUUGAACCUGUCAAAGAAGUACUCACGACUGUCAAGAUGGUGAAGGAACUGACUCUGCUUGGUCUCUACUGCCACGAGAAUGACAUGUACGCAGAAAUGCGGGAAUUUACUGGCAAAUUCCAAGCAAUGAUUUCAAUUUGCUUGAAAGCAUUUACUGAAAAAGACUACAGUAGUCUUCGUUGUCUCAAGACUGAAUGCUUCAAAGAGUUCAGUUUUAAAGGACAAUAUGUUAACCCCGCGUACUUUGAACUGGACGAAAACAUAAGUUGCUAUUACUCUGGGCACCCAUGGAAUUUUGAGUACUACAAGAGUCCUUCACAGAAAAAAGAUCCAUCUAUUAAAAUUCAUGAUCCAAUUGGCUUGGCGGAAUGCAGUUACAACUUUUGGAAGGAUCCUCCGUUGCUUGAAAACGGCGCCCAGAUGCCACUCUUCAAAGGAUUACUUGGAAGUGAUGCUUACGCACUGGUUAGGAAUAAUUCGUGGAACAAGAAAGGGAAAUUCGUCAAAGAAGUAGUUUCUGCAAUGGCCUUCAUGGGGUACAUUCCAGCAGAUGAAUGUAGCAGAGUGGUCAAUCUAGAAUUGGAGAUUGGCAACUUUGAUAAGCCUCUGUCAGCAAUGCAGGGAAAUUAUACCCAAAUGGAUAUCAUUGGUAGAAUUGGAUGCCACUGUCUUCUUCUGCUGAACUACACAAACACAUUCAAAGCACCUGACCAAGUGCUUUCUGAGUCAGCUGCCAAGACUUUGGUUGGAAGUUUGGUCUAUCUGUCUUAUGAAAUGUUCGAGAUGAAUCAUCUUCACAGACUGGCUCUUCUGCUUGGGGAUGUUUGCGGCUUUGAACCAGUUUCACCUCUGAAAGCCGAAGGGGGAGAUUUCACUCACAUUUUGGAAUUCAUAAGAGACGUCAAGGAGGCAGAAUUAUCCAUACUCAUUGAUCAGAAGUCGGUAGAAAAAGAUGAGUCUCUUAAAACAGAAGGUAACUGGUAG